CACAACUACUAGACUAGACAUUACAUACUAUGCUCGAUAUAUCACCAGGACAAGAAAUCUAUGAAACAUCAGACGUGGAAAGUGAAGAUCUUCCACAGAAGUCAAUUACAACAACAGAUACGUCAGAAGAAGUAUACACCGACUCACUUGAACCAGAAGCUUCACGCAAGCAAUUCUCCAAAAAUAUACUAUCAACAAAUGCAGACGUGGACUUUCUGGGCAGUAUCACGUCCAGCUUGCGAACUAGUGGAUAUAUUGUGUCUCGCGUUAAUGAAACCGUGGCCGAGAAAUUAUCCAGAAUAGCUCGAGAAUUGGAGGAAAUCAAGAAUGAAGAUGUUGACAGUGCGCAACUUAACGAGUUGAUUGAAAAGUAUCAUGAACUCAGAGGUAACAGAGAAGCACGAAAACAGUGCCAGUUUCAAGGCUUGAACCUAGAUUCUGUAUUCGAAGAAGUAGCAGCGAAAGACAAGGAGGAGUCUAGUGAUACCUCCUUGAAAGAAAUCACCGAGCUUGAAUCCAGAGUCAAUACCCUCGAGACUAUUGUUGGCAGUGAAGCUAUUCUUGAACACGAAGCACGUCCGGAAAAGUCGAUCCAGCAAACAUUGAACGACCUUGAGCGCAAGAUAUCAAUCAUCAACAAUCCGGAAUAUUCAUUCGAUGCAAUCAAACAACAAAUAUCUGAGUUGGUCCAAGAAGCAGAAAAGUUGGAGUUAUCCAAGAAACUUAUGCUUAAUCUUGCGCCUGCAGCAGUACAGCCCGAGAAACAAAAGGAAAGUAAUAAAAAAAUUGACGAAUUAUACAAAGCACUUCCAUCGCUAAUGGAAAAUUCUUCAGUUAUCCCAUUGCUCGUUCAACGUUUAAAAACAUUAAAUUCUGUACAUAGUGAAAUCGAUGGGAGUGUCAAGUUGGCAGGACUGGUGGAUCAAGUGUUGAACGAUAUUACUGGAGAUAUGAAGGUGUGGAACGAGUCGAUUGACAAACUUCAACUGAAUUUACAAGAAUACCGUGAAAACGUUGAUAGCAAUGUCAAUAAUAUCAGUGAUAGGAUAGCCAAGUUGACCUUAAAAGUAGAUAGUCUAGUGGUAGAUUAAUAGAUAACAGUAUCUCGCUAUUGGAUACCUCG